AUGGUAACGCAUAGAUUAAGUUUUAUUACAGGUCUGUCAACAAACGAUUGGUUAUCGUGUGAUUUUGAAGCCAAUAAUUCCUGUGAAUGGAUUGACGAUGCAAAUAAUUGGCUUGCUAAUUGGCGUCCAACUUCUCAGGUUAUUAAAGAAGGUCGAAUGAAAGGAAAACAUCGAUCAGUACUGUGUACUCAAAUAAACUCUCGUACACGAUCACGUUUACGUAAUCAACUGGGUCAUUCAUCUGUUUCAUUGAAAAAAAAUAAUUUGGUUGUUCGAAUCAUUAGUCCACCAGUUACCACCUUAGACAAUUAUAAGUGUUUAAAGCUUAAUUAUCUGUUUGAAAAUGCGCCUCAAUCUUCUUCAAGUGGUUUCACAUUAAAUUUACUACGUCGUUCUGAGGGUUGGAAAAAUCAAUGGUCUAUUAUUGAAGAACCAAGAACCGAGAAUUUUCAAACAGACGGAGAAUUUGAAUCUAAGCGCACUGAAUCUUACUGUUGUCUAACAUCAACUGUAUCUCCAGGAUCAGAUAGUUCAAAGAGUGAAGUCAGUUAUUCUCCGUGGAUUGUUCAACCUCGUCUCUUAUCUAACCUACAAGACAGGAUUGAUAAUAAGCCUAUACACUCAAGACUGUGGAGCGCAUCAAUUCCAGCUGAACUAGGAUUAAAGUGUAUGAAAUUUGUAUACUUUAUACAACUGCAUUCACGAACUGAUAUUCCUGUCAAACCGAUAUAUGUAUGCACAUUCAAUGGAAAUCUUUGUGGAUGGAUGAAUGAUAUGAAUAUUUGGAAAUAUCAAUGGAAAUUAGUAACAAAUUCGAAACUGUCUACUGACGGUAAACAACAACAGCCUACAAGUAGUAGUAUACUAUGUAUGAAUGCAAAGCAAGCGAUACAAGAAAAUUGGAUUAACAGUUUCUCAUCAUCUAGUCUAAUUACAACCAAUACGAAUGCGGAUAUUCUUCUCUGUCGUGGUGGAUUUGAACACAAUGAAUACUGUAGUUGGGUUGUUGAUCCAAACGAUUGGGGAAGAUUUCGAUGGAAAAUGGACAAUUUACCGCUGAUAAAUAAUAAUAAUAACAAUGAUAAGGAUGAAAAUCAAAUCGGAUCAAGACGCGCCAUGUGUUUGCAUAGAUCACCAACGAUUAGAAGCUCUGAAACACUGACCUCACGUUUAUGGAGUCCAUCUGUUGGCAUUAUAGAUGAAUCUUCAGUGGAGUACGAUGCAGAAAAUUCAAUGAAUCCAACAGCUGAAUAUCAACCCCGCUGUGUUUCCUUUUCAUUUCGUUUCUUUUAUCCUCCUGUUGAACAUUUUCAUGUAGUGGAUACGGCAGUUGUUCAGACCCCGAGUCUUUCUGUAUUGAAACCUGAUCAACUACCGAUUCAAGCCUACGGUUAUGCUGCAGAUUCUGAUAUGGAUUUAAAUUGUGAAUUCCAUGAAUCAACAUGCAAUUGGUCAAACGAUCCAAACAAUUGGCCGAUAAAUUGGCGAAUAAGUGCAAUGAAUCACAAGGAAGCGUUAUCAAAAAGUGAUGUAGCGCUGACUGAGGAGAAAACUUCGAUUUGUCUAACCAUCGGAAUGCUGUCUGCUCCGCGUCAAGAGUUCAAUUAUGACAUCACCGCUCGUUUGUUCAGUCCAAUCGUCUCAGUUAUGAAACAGCCGAGUUGUUUACAACUUACAUAUAAUGUCCAGUUGAAUUCAAUAUCACCGAGAGAAUUCCUGUCGACUGGUAGAGGUGUAGAUGGAUACACUGGUGAUAAAAGACCUGUAUUAUCGCUUUUGCGUCGACAAAUGGGAUCUUGCAAACCAUCACUUGAUCCAGUGACUAAACAAUUCGGUAUAUUUUGUGGAAAUGCUGAAUUAUGGAGUUCAUCUACCAAUGAUCAUAAUAAUAAAAUAAUUCAUUCAACAAAAUGGAUUCCAGUUGUAGUGAAUUUAAAUUCAACUGAACAAGAUUUUAAGCUGAUACUGGAAGGUACAAUUCCUGCUGGAUAUCCGGAUGCUAGAAUUUGUGUUGACAAUAUUACCUCUUAUACUGAACCAUGCAGUGCUUUGGAGAAAGCUUCUGCACCAUUACCAAAUCAAUGGAGUUGGGCACAAUACUUUGGACUGACAUUUGUCGGUGCCUUGAUCUUAGGCUUAUUAAUACCAGUAUUGUUUUUAAUCAUUCUAAUAUGGGCAUGUCGUCGACGUCAUCAUGCUAUGCAUUCAAAUUAUACAAAUAACAAGUUGUUUUCAACAAAUCUAUGGUAUUAUAUUGGUGGAAAAGAGAUAUGUGACGAUCCGAAUGGAUUUCGUGGUAGUUCAAGUCUAUUAAGAUCGAAGCAUUUCAAUUCACCAUCGAAUACAGGUACUCUGUUGAAUGGUCAACAUCAUAUGAUGAUGAGUAAUGCUGAUGUAAUGGAUUUGCCGGAUGUUGUAAUCCCAGGUGGACGUGUUGUAGCAUUCAAUUAUUCAGGUAAUACGCUAGGCGGGAAUACUUUACGUCAUAAUAGCAUGGCUAAUAAUACCGGAUUUACAAAUACUGGUUACCUAUCAAAUAACAACAAUAAUUUACAAAAUGGUCAAGUUAUGCUAGGAAAUAUUAAUGGAACAGUAUCAUCAAGUGGUUCAGGAGUUGUUAAUGCUACAACUGUUGCACCACAACAACAACAACCAAAUGAACCAUUCGCUUAUCCAACAAAUCAAGGUUUCGGAGAACCUGCUUCUAUGGCAAUGAUGACAGCUAGUCAAUCACCAAUGUUGAUGACUCAAUCAAUGGCUCCAAAUUAUGGUUCUGAUGCAAAUAAUGCCUCUCAAGGAAUUUUUUCCAAUACUAAUGCACCACAAAUGAAUCAUUUCAAUACAAAUGCUCACGUCUACAAUAAGCCACAAGGCCAACAACAACAACAACAAAAUCAGCAACAACCACGUGCACAAUCUCAAUACUUUCCUCCAGCCCAGUUGACUCAAGCACCGAAUGCCAUUCAACAACCUCAACUUCAACCCCAACAACAACAACAGCAACAUCAAGGACCACAAGUAUUUCAACAACCUGCCCAACCACAACAAACACCACAAAUAUUUCAACAACCACCUCAACAGCAACAACAGCAAAUAUCUGGAUUUCAAAAUCAAAAUCUUGUCCAACAACCACAACCGCAACAACAACAGCAGUUAGCACCUAAUCAAGCACCGGUCUCAAAUCAGUUUCACACCCAACAACAACAGCAACAAUUUCCACUACCACCUCCACCAACCUCUCAACAGUUACAACAAUUGAACACGCAACAAUCUACGGUGUAUUCACAACCACAACCACAACCGCAACAACAACAACCAGUCAACCAUCAAUUUCAAUUUCAACCGCAACACCAACAACAAGUGAUCAAUGGUCAAGUGCAAACCCCCAUGUCUACUGGUGGAGCCACACAAAUACCAUCGUCUCAACAAAAUUAUCCGCCUACAGUACAAAGUAAUCAAAUCACUCCCCAACCACAACCACAGCAACAACCACAUGGAAAUACUGGAAAUAAUAAUAAUAAUAAUCUGAAUAGUAGUGGACAAGGAAUAAUGCCAGUCUCAGCUAAUAAUCGUUUUGUCACUAUGUCUCCAACGUCUGUGGGCAGUGAUUCACUCACAGAAGCUGAUCAACAAGCUGCUAUGGCUUUAUUAGCUGCUGCCACUGAAGGUAUGAUGGACACGUAUAAUCAUAGAGAGAAUCAAACAACACCGAGCACUUUUCAGCCACCAAUUUCAAACAAUAAUACUAAUAACGGAACAGAGAAUUGUUUAAAUAAUGCUAACAAUCUGAACAAUUGCAAUAGCAAUAAUAAUAAUAACAACACACAAGUAUCAACUGAUGAAGAUCAUCCCCCUCCAGGAUAUGAUGAAGCUAUCGGUUUAAUACAAAAUAACAUAAACAUGUCAAUGAUGAUGAAUACAAUGGCGAAACCAGCUGUACCGAUACCGAAUACCACGUGUACACCACCGCCUGCAUUACCACCGCGUAGAAUUAUCAAUGGAGUCGGGCUAGAGGAUAUUGAAGAUCCACAGCCAAUGGCAUGUUUAUCCCUGGCUGAACGUUAUGGUCUACCAGUGGCUGAAAUUUAAGCCAAUGCAAUCAACAUACAUACAUACAUACAUAAUAUUUACAAGGUUGAAAUGGUUAUUUAUCAGUGGUGUAUCAGCCUUUGUUGAAGGCAACGCUGAAAUUUGUCUGUUGUCGCUGGUGGUUUAGCAUGAAUACGCAUCAUU